AGCAACGGGUUUCUUUAAUUUAUCAACCACAUAGAGUCAUUUGUAUGAAAAAUGAUAAUCUGCACUCAAAGAUAUACCUCUUUAAUCUUAUAAAACACCAACAAAAUACAAUGUGAACCGGCUUCACAUGUAAAAAAAGAAAAAAGACUACUUUCAUUAACUCCGUCGAGCUGUUGGACAGAGUUAAAUCCCAUCAUCAUCAUCAUGGCGUCCAAAACGAGCACAUGGAACACGAAAGCGGACUUGGUGCCUCUCGAGAAAGACAAAGCGAAGGAAUUACGAGCAAGGAUUAGCAAAAUAAAACAGGCUGAAGUCCUGCGCCCAGGUGCAGUGUUUGUUGGCCAUAUUCCUCAUGGCUUCUUUGAACCACAAGUCAAGAGGUUCUUCUCUCAGUUUGGCACGGUGUCAAGAGUACGGCUGGCAAGGAGCAAAAAGACAGGCGGUCCCAAGGGGUAUGGCUACAUUGAGUUUGAGUGUGAGGAGGUUGCUAAGGUGGUGGCAGAGACCAUGAACAACUACCUCAUGUUUGAGAAGCUGCUGAAAUGUGAGUUUAUUCCAACUGAAAGACUGCAUCCCAAAACAUUUCACGGAUCGAACAGAAAGUUUCUCAAACCAACCAGACGUUCAACUGCCAUAAGGAAACACAACAAGCCCAAGGAUGCUGCCGCAACGCUUCAGUCAGCGAUGCGUCUUGCAUCCAAAAAUCUUGGCAGGAAGAGAAAGUAUGCAGCCUUGGGUCUUAACUACGACUUCAGCGGUUAUGAUGACAUGGCCAAAAAGGCCAAACUCCAAGCAGCCAGCAUUGUGACACCCAAGGUUCCUAAGUCAGAAGAAGAAGUGAAGACAUCAAAACAGGAGCCAGCCACACUUCUCCUGGACAGCUCGGACCCUGAGAUAUCUUUCAAGACACCUCCAGGAGUUGCAAAAGUCAAGAAAGUCAAGAAGGCUGCAAAGAAACAGACAUAACACUUUAGAAUGGACAGAGAGACGGGGUGGUAGAGCUUUCUUUUACGCAACCAGUUAAAUCUCACCGGCUGACCUUUUGAUCUUCCUCAUAACUUCUAACUGGAGUUCUGCGUCUUAUCGCUAUUUGUACUGAAUUGUAGCUAAUGUAGGUGGCGCUUUUGCGGCAAGAACACAGUCCCAAAUGUGACUAAGAAGAACUUCAGUUAGAAGCUCUGAGGAAGAUGUCUGACAGGCAUCGAAACAUCAGCAGGUAUUUAAAGAUUAACUGGCCUUGUAAAAGAAAAGUAUACCUACCUAAUGAAAUUAUUUUCUGGGGGGGGGGGGAGCAGAGAGACAGUUACUAACACUUCCUUUCCACUAGGAGGAAUGCUGAGCAACUUAAGAUUUGGCAGAUCAAAUGCUAUUCUGAAAUAGGUUUGGACUUAGGGUUCAAAGCAUAGUGCUUUUAAGAUUCGUAAAAUGACAAUAGGAAAUUAGUUUUGUAUUUAAACUACCAGGCAAUAGCAUAACAAGUGUAAGAUACAUCUGUGAAAAUAGUAAAACAAGUGCGAAAAGAAAAAUAAAUAGAAUGUUGCUGUUUCUUGUGGGAUCAUAAUUUAAUCAUUUCUUCAUUUUACCAACAAACCAUAUAUCACCAGAACGGCAUCAUUUUUGCAAAAAUGCAGAAUGUUUUACCUGUAGCCUUUUGUCAAGCUACUCCGACACAAUACUAUACCAUUAGGCUUGCCCUAUAGUAUUGUAUGCAAGUAGAAAAAAGCCCCUACAUCUACUUGGUUUUUGGAUCGGGUCAUGAUUCAUUAACAUAAUUUUACUAUACCAUUAGACUUGCCCUAUAGUAUUGUGUGCCAUUAAAUAAAAAUUACAGGUUUUGCAAUUGCAAACCUGUAAUUGCUCAUAUUGAAACAGCUACUAGUAAUUUGCUGAUGCAAUUCUAAGUUCUGAUUGGUUCAUGGCAGUACUAAGCUUGGAUGAGUUCCCGAUAGGA